AGAGUUUGUCUGGUCUGCAGAUGUUCAUUCAGCAGCGUCUCUCACAGUGAGUCCUGACAGAGUGCAACACUUCACCUCUGACUCUGUCUCACUGACCUGUGAGGGAAACUUCACUGAGUGGAGAGUGAGGAAGUUCUCUGAGGACGGCCGACUGUACUCUGACUGUAGGAGAAUGACUGGAUCCACAUGUAACAUCAACACAUCAAAGUCAGAUACUGCAGUGUACUGGUGUGAGUCUGGAUCAGGAGAGUUCAGCAGUGCAGUCAACAUCACUGUACAGAAUGAUGGUAAUGGUCCUAUCCUGGUGAGUCCUGUUCAUCCUGUGACUGAGGGAGCUUCAGUUAGUCUGAGCUGCAGUUUGAGAACACAAAAAAUACUUUCCAAUGUGUUUUUCUAUCACAAUGACAAACUUGUUCAAAAUGAUACCCGAGGGGAGCUGAAGAUCUCUGCAGUGUCAAAGUCUGAUGAAGGUUUCUACAAGUGUCAGUACUCAGGAAGAGAGUCAGCACAGAGCUGGAUGUCAGUUAAAGGAGCUGACAGCUCUUCAUCUCCUGUGUGGUUGAUUGUUGGACUGGUUUGUGGAGUCUCUCUCAUUAUUAUUCUCCUGCUCUUGUUGUAUCGCUGCAGACAGUCCAAGUAUUCCUGCUUCACCAGGUGGAUCCAGUCUGAGAGUCACAGUCCGAGCUCCUCCACAAAUCAUGGAGUCAACCAGAAUGAAACUCAUGAAUACAACUCUCUUCAUCCUGGUGAUGCUAACCUCUAUGAAUCCAUCACACAAGAGGAAGACACUGGAACUGGUGCAGAUGAACCCCGAGACGUCACAUACUCUCUGAUUACACUUCAAAACUUUGGAAAGAAGAGGAAGCAUCAUAAACCAGAGCAGAGUGCUGUUUACUCUGAGGUGAAGACGGGAGCUGCAGAGGACAGUCUGAUGUAUGCUGAGGUCAAACAGCCCAAAAAAGGAAAAGCCAAGAAAAACAAAGGAAAAUCAAGUCCUGCAGCUGAUGCAGCAGUUUAUUCUGAAGUCACAUCAGGAAGCUCUCUCAGUCAGUGAGGAGAGCUGUAGCAGCAAAGCCAAGAAGAAGCUUUUUAUGAAGCCACUCUUGCUCCUCUGCUCCCCAAAUA